GGGGCCGUGGGCGGACCUGCGAUGGCGCUCGUUCUCAUUUCCAGGCCCAUACCCGCUGCACAGCGCCCGUUCGCUACCUUAGCGCCAUGUUGUAUAAAUGUAGUCUAUCCCCUCAUUAUAUCCAGCCCUUCCUUUGAUACCCCAGGUCUGCGACUUCCAGGUUCGACGCCAGUCUUUCAGUCCAUAUACAUUGUCAGUCUUUGACACCACGUUCUCUACCGCCCUACGGCAUAACCACGCUCUCUUCGCAAACAUAACCAAAAACCCGUCGACCGUCGAACCCUUUUUGUCAAUUCCCUCAAGUUCAGACCUAUCCAGUCAAAACCAAACCACACAAAUCUACAAACAUGCGCUCCUCCAUCGCCAUUUCCAUCGCCGCCCUCGCUGGCUCUGCGCUCGCCGCUCCCUCCUACCCGGCCGCUUACCCAGCUGCUUACCCAGCCGACAAGCCCGCUCCUGCUGCCAACCCCAACGUUGAGGUUGUCGUCGAGCACGUAGUCCACACCGUCUACGUCACUGAGGGCUCCCCCGAGGCCACUCCAUGCCCUUCCUCCACUCCUGCUGCUACUCCCGCUCCAGCUGCUACUCCCGCUCCUGAGGCCUACCCAGCUGAGCAGCCCAAGCCCGCUCCCUCCUCCACCCUCUCAUCUGUUGUCUACGUCGAGGCUACCCCAAGCCCCUACCCCGAGGCACCUGUUGAGCAACCUGAGCCCGCACCGGAGCCAACCCCUACUCCCACUCCCACUCCUGCUCCUGCUCCUGAGCCAACUCCUACCCCUACCCCAUCGCCUUCUCCCGCCCCAGCUCCUGCCACUGGAGGCUACAUGGAUGUCGUCGCCGAGUGGCGCGCCAAGCUCGGCCUCAGCAAGCUCGAGUUCUCCGCUGAGCUCGAGUCCAACGCUCUUAAUGUCGUCAUUGAGGGCGCUGGUGUCAUGAAGCACAAGCUCAACUCUGGCACCUACGGCCAGGUCCUCGCCCCCGGCGAUGCCGACAAGUUCGAGUACGUCUUCGUCGGUGGAUGGCUCUGCGAGAUGGCCAACCUCCCUGGCCUCGGCAACGCAUGCCAGGAGUUCUCCAAGGGCUGGGACUACCAGGGCCAGACUGGCCACGCCGAGAUUCUCACCUCUCCCAACUACUCCAAGAUUGGUUGCAGCAACAAGGAGGGUAUCUGGUGCUGCGAUCUCGCUUAAGCAGCAUCAUGCCUUUCAUGAGACAAAAGAGAAGGGGAUUCUAAUGCUUCUUCUUGGGUGGUUCUUCGAUUCUAUUCUACUUUAGGUGACAGGGCGGCUUGGAGACCCAAACAACACGCAAUGCGUAGCUUUAUAUCAAUUGCGCUGGUUCGGAACAGUAUUUUCACUUCUCCUUUGUAUCUGUAUAUGGUACUUUGUCUGGUUUAACAUUCCCUGCUUCACACUAGGGGCGCAGUACUUGCAAGCGUUUUUAACUCUCUCUUAGUAUCUACUGCGAAUUACAGAUUUACGAAUUCACGAGCCAACCCUU